GGUGUGAAGUAGCUUCUCAGGAGGAAAAAAACAGUCUACUUGUAAUCUUCAAAAAGUACUUGCUCGACAACACACCGUAGCUCGAAACUUUGGCCACGAUAUUGGUCAUUUACAGUUGGCAGUGCGCGUAUCCUAAAAUCGCGGUGAUAUGGGUGCCUCAAAACUGGUGAUAACUGUUGCCACAUUGAGCUGCAUAAUUUCUGGUGCUUGCUGCGUGCAGAUGUGUGAAAUUAUAAAAGAAAUCGCGCAGGAGCGGGAGCGUUGUGAGAGCAGACACAUCAGUGAAAAUGUCACAUCAGGGUGCCAGGGUACAUGGGAAAUGUUAGCCUGCUGGCCAACAGCCAGCGUGGGAGAAGUGGUCACCAUCCCCUGUCCAAUUCACUUCAGUCACUUCAACAAUGAACACAAAGGUAACCUCUCGAAGACCUGUACGGCGGAUGGCUGGUCGGAGAUGCAGACCAUGGCCAUCGCCGUGAACUGUGGCUACAACAUGAACAGCACAAGUGAUGAAGGCACUUUCUUCCGGUCGGUGAAGAUUGGCUACACCAUUGGUCACAGCGUGUCUUUGAUCUCCUUGACCACUGCUAUAAUAAUCCUGUGUAUCUUCAGGAAGCUUCACUGCACCAGGAACUACAUCCACAUCCACCUCUUCCUGUCCUUCAUCUUCAAGGCCAUCUCCGUCUUCAUCAAGGACGUGGUCCUCUACACGCCGGACGACGACUACGACUGCACCUCCAACGGCUCUGUGGGCUGUAAGGCGGUGAUGGUGUUCUUCCAGUACUGCAUCAUGGCCAGCUUCUUCUGGCUGCUGGUGGAGGGGCUCUACCUCCACGCGCUGCUCGCCGUCUCCUUCUUCUCCGAGAGGAAGUACUUCUGGUGUUUCAUCCUGAUCGGCUGGGGUGGUCCAAUGAUUUUCUGCGCAGCCUGGGGCAUUGCCAAGGCCUACUUUGAUGACAAAGGAUGCUGGGACAUCAUCGAGAACACCGACCCUUACUGGUGGAUAAUUAAGACACCCAUAUUAACGUCGAUCCUGAUGAAUUUCAUCUUAUUCAUCGACAUCAUGCGAAUACUGCGACAGAAGAUCAACUGCCCGGACAUCGGAAGGAACGAAUCCAACCAGUAUCUGAGGUUAGCCAAGUCCACGCUGCUCCUGAUUCCCCUCUUUGGAAUUAACUUCAUCAUAUUCGCCUUCAUUCCCGAGCACAUCAAGACAGAGCUGCGGCUGGUGUUUGACCUCAUUCUGGGAUCAUUUCAGGGUUUUGUGGUUGCUGUCCUCUACUGUUUCCUAAAUGGAGAGGUGCAGGCGGAGAUCAAGAGGAAGUGGAGGCGAUGGCACCUGGAGCGCUUCCUGGGUUCCGACACCAAGUACCAGCAGCCGUCCAUGGGCAGCAACGGCAACAACUUCAGCACCCAGAUCUCCAUGUUGACCCGCUGCAGCCCCAAGACGCGGCGUGCCUCCUCCUGCCAGGACAGCUCUGUCAACUGACCUUCGACCUCUCACCCCGGUGACCUCUGAGCCUCCCCCCCCCCCCCCUCCCCUGGGCAGCGUCUUCUGUAAACAGACGGGCCUUCGGUCACUGAUGCCUCAUUCCAUGUGCUCUUGGGCCCUCCAAAAGGCCAGGUUUCAGCUCAGGAAGUUCUCACAGAAGGAUCCAAAAAAGGGAAUCGCGGAGCCAAGGGUAGAUUGUUGUUCCAUUCUAAACAUUCAUCGUGCUGUUCGCUCCAUCGAUUGGCUGGAGUUCCGCGGGUGCAUUUUCGUGUCGCAAAGCAGCAGUCAGACAGUGAAGGCUGGUCUUUUUGGCCAGUUCCUCAUCCAUCCAGGUGUCCACUCUCUCUAUUGUCCAUUUGAUUAAUGUAUGUGUUGCUUUGAACUGUCUCUGUUGCCAUUGUCUGGCAGACAAGCCCGAUUGCUGCCCCUCCACCCACCCCAGCAAACUAUUAUGUGAAACAUACAGCCCCGUCUUGUUCAAAAGGAGCCAUUUCCUUUUGUGAAAAACCUUUUUUGACAAUUUUGACAUCAUUCUUUCCCUGCUGCCCUCACCACAAUAUCAAAGAAACAUUCCCUCACAUUUGAUUACUGGAGGAACUGCUACAUGCUGCUUGGCCAGUGUAAAGAAAUGUCCAUUAAGUGUGCCAUAAUUAAACUGAAAAUGACAAAUACAGGACAGACUGUACAUUUGGAACAAGAGCCCAUUCAGCUGGAACCAUAACAGUAGUUUGUUUUAUACCUCUGAAUGUACAAAUAGAGUUCACAUAUUGGACAACGACCCAUGUAUUACAGAGGUACGUAAAGACUGGUCUGUGGAAUAGUAUGACUUGUAUGUGUAUAUUUGUUCUUUUCUCUGGACAAUACAGUCGACGAACACCUUGCAAUAUGUAACUUUAAAAUGGAAUGUAGAAAAAAAACCCAUCUAACUAAAGAGGAAAAGGAUGUCGGAUAACAAAGGAAUUUCAUUUUUACAACCAUGUGAAUGUUCAUCAUCUUCUUAUCAAUCAAUCAUACAUCAUUUUCAUCUGCGCUUUUGUAACUUUAAUUGUAAAAAAAAAAGAAAGAACAAAAAACGACCAAAAUAGGAUCCAAAAGAUCCAUAUCUACCUGGAGAUAUACUGUAGAGAUAAAAACGCCAGCUCCCCUCCCCUCUGUCCCAAACACCUCGCUCAUGGUGAAUAUUUUUAGCCCAUUAUCCAAAGGCGGUGUGAGUGAUAAGAGUGAAACGAUGCCAUGAUACGGGAAUCGAAUGCCCUUUUCUGCACUAUCCUUCCCAUUAGUUCCCUCAACUCUCUUCCCAUCACAUCCAAUUGUUCCAUGUGUGAGUGUUUUUGUGUCGCUACUUACUGGUUACCAUAUUGCGAUGUAUCUGUGAAAUCAGAUUUAUGCUCAACCAUAUUAUCCAGCCUGAGUCAGAUAAAUACAGUACCAGUGCCCAAAUUCUGACUGAGCACAGAAGGUGACAAAUUGACAUAUUAAUUAAAACGGUGUAGGAAAUGACUUCACCUUGAUGACAAACCUAAUGAUAAAAAUCGAAUUUUGUCACACUCUUAAUUGUUUUUUGAUGUUUAUCGAGUGUGUGGUUUUUAUUGCUCAGCCGUGAGAGUUCUAGUAAAUGACUUUAUGUCAUGUCUGAAUCCUGACUAAAAUGUCACAUAGACAACAGGCUGUACCACCUUCCUCAUCUUCUAUCUCUCUCCCCUCUCUCUCUGUCUCUCUCUCUCUCUUUCUCUGUCUCUCUUCUCUCUAUCAUGCCCUACACAUUGUACCUCACUACUCCCUAUGUGGUCCAUCUUUUGUUGUGUAGACAUUGAUGUAUAACAUGUUGGGUGUGUGAGUAUUGUGUAUUGAAGAGGCACGUUGUGUUGUGUUUUUGUAAGUGUCAAGAAGAACACAGGGUCACCACUUAUAAAAACAAAACAAAAGAAGAAAGCAUGGUAUAUUAUUUAGAAAUACUGAAUUAUAUUUAUAAUCUGCUUGGUAUUCAGAGGAAAAUCAUCUCACUCUAAGCAGAGACAUGGUUCUGUAAAUUAAUGUAAAUUUUGAUAUAGUGAAGGUGUUCCUUUUUACAGUUCGGUUAUGUUCAUUGGUGUAAUCAACUUUGGAUGUGCUUAAAAAGCUUAAACAACUGAAGGUAUUCUUACUAAUGCUUUUUAUUCUUGUAUUUAAAACUGCUUGUAAAAUGGUCUGUAUUUUGGCCGUGCAUUGUCAGAUAUCACAACCAUGCCAUGCAAUGGCAUUGUAAAUGGAACAAUUAUGUUUCAUGACAGAUUAUGUUUGAUGAUAAAAUUGGACUUGGUGAUUGGCCAUGGCAUGGCAAACAUGAUGUUUGGCGUGAUGACAGCUGGUUACCAUGUGGAUUGCUGGCAUGGCAAUGCUCUGAGAAAUGUUGAUAUGAUAAUGUUAUAUGACAAUGACGAUCAAGGCCAGGCGUCAGCCAUCGCAUAUUUAUCACAUGGUUAUAUCGAUGUUAUGACAGGAUCCAAAUGAAAUGUUAACACACAUUAGGAGUCUUGACAGACAGACAAUGACAACACAGGCACACUUUGGUCAAUUCUUUCUUCAGCUGUGGAAAUUUUGUUUCUAAAGCACAAACGUUUUUUGGUGUUUUGCUUUAUUUUUCGUGAUGUGGUGCUGUGAGUGGUUCUGAAAUGUAGUCGCCACUGUUUCUCUCGUGCAAAAGCUGUAUCUCACGACCAGUGGGGGGAAUUCCCUUCAUUAGUAACAGUUACAGUUUACAGUUACACUUGUCAACAUAGCUUCUGAACUGGACCUGCUGUUAAACUGUGUGCAGUACCUCUUUGUUUUCCAGAUAGCUGGUGUAUUGUUCAGUGUAUCUGCAUGCUGCACUUGUUGGCCCCAGUAUUGUAUUGCACUGUAUGUAGUAGAAGUUGUAUCUAUAUGAUGACAUAUACUCUCUCAAUAAGAUCCUCUCAUGCGUGUUUGUGCUCCAAUUACAUACACACGGAAAAUCAGGAUUAUUUUUGUAUGCUGUCUGCAAAAGCUCUUUUUAUUAUUGACAUGUAUUUGUAAAUAUAUUUUGUAAUAUUGGCAGUUAGCUGCAUUUUUUUCCAUUCACAUUUGAAAGUGUUCACCAUUGACAUCAUUGCAAUUAAA